AUGAAUAUGACCAAAAAAUUGAAACGCAUGUUAGACGAUAAGAAAACCUAUCAGCGACUACAGAAAGAUCCUGCUAAAUCAAGCGAGUCUGGAUUGAAGGCCCUUUUGCUAAAGAUGAAAGAAAGGUUACCUGACAACACCUACGAAUCACUGUGCGUCACUGAUGGCAUCACGCCGAGACUGUACGGCUUACCUAAGAUUCAUAAGGAUGGAACACCGCUUAGGCCUAUCGUGAGUUGCAUAGGUUCUCCUACAUAUCAGCUAUCUAAAUACUUGGUGAAAAUCAUCUCACCGCUCGUUGGUAAGACAGAACAACACUUAAAGAACAGCAAGGAGUGGGUUGACUUAGCUAGAGAACUGCAUGUUGACGCGGAUGAGGAGAUAGUUUCCUUUGAUGUUGUUUCCCUUUUUACAUCUAUUCCAACCGACGUGGCCGUCACUGUUGCUAAUGACAGACUAGUACAAGAUCCAAGUCUUGGUGAACGCACGUAUCUCACACCAUCAGAUGUAACAUCUUUACUUUCUUUCUGUUUAAAUUCUACCGAAUUUAGCUUUAGAGGCGAAUACUAUAAGCAGAUUCAUGGUACAGCAAUGGGAUCUCCUAUUUCUGUGACUGUUGCAAACCUCGUAAUGGAAAUAGUUGAGKCUAGAGCUUUGUCUACAUUUGUUUCAGCUCCAAAGGUMUUUAAAAGAUAUGYUGACGAUACCAUCUGCGUCAUACACAAGGAUUCCAUCGAUGACUUCCAUAAGUGCCUUAAUGACCAGUACAAGAAGAUCAAAUUCACAAUUGAGAGAUACUCAGACAAGGGGUUACCCUUUCUAGAUACUCUCAAUACGGUGAAUCAGGAUGGCUCUAUACAAGUGUCCWUGUACCGUAAAAAGACCCAUACGGACAGAUAUUUGCAUUUUGAUAGCCACCACCCGUCCAAGCACAAGGCUGCAGUGGUCCACAGUCUCGCGUACAGGAAGGAAUCACUGCUGUCUGACGAAACAUCAAAAAGAAAGGAACAAGAGCACCUUGAGAAGAGCUUGUUGAAGAAUGGUUAUCCAGAGAAGUUCAUUCAACGGCACAGUGUUAUUAGGAAGAAAGACAAUGGAGUUAAAGAGGGAAAGGAUGAGACGAAAGGAUUUGCUGUGUUGCCAUAUGUAAAAGGUACUACUGAAAGAGUUCAAAGAAUUUUACAGCAGCAUAACAUCAAAUGCUGUAUUAAACCAGAUAAGACUUUACGACAGAUCCUCUUCAAACCUAAAGAUCCGGUGGAGUAUGAAAAACAAUCUGGAGUUGUUUAUAGGAUUCCCUGUGGUGAGUGUAGUACUCAGUACAUUGGCGAGACGGGAAGGGCGUUAAGGACACGUAGAAAGGAACAUGAAGCGGCUGUCAGACUGGGAAAAACAAGAUCGUCGGCUUUAGCGGAACAUGCAAGCAAAACAGGCCAUGCGAUUAACUGGAAGGAAACAUCCAUCUUGUGCAAAGAAAGCCGUUGGUCGCAGAGGAGAUGGAGUGAGGCAAUAGAGAUUGCAAAGAAGAAGAACGUUUUGUUUAAUAGGGACAAGGGGCGGAUGAUCCCGCAAAAUUAUCUCUGUGUAAUUAGAAGUUAG